UUUAUAUGAGAAUAUGUUGGAUAUAAGAGGUUUGAUAUCGUGUGAUAAAAGUGGGUCUGAAGAAUGGAUAUCGGAAGAAUACCUCGAUGUCUGGAAGGAUAUAGGAUUAAGAAAGCUUUGGAAGAAUAAGAGGGAUAUGAGGUGGACCGGGGCUUUAAGAAGUAUUUAUAAUUUUGGAAUAACAAGCAACAGAUUUCUUCUUUUUUCAGCGCCGCAGGCGAAAAUUUUGAGAUUUUUAAAAGGCUAUGGGGCAGAUCUCUUUUACUUGCACCACAGACGAAAAUUUUGA